GGCACAUUGGCGGCCAGGGCCAGUCCGCCCGCCUGCUCGCGCUCUCCUCCUCUGUCCCCGCUUGGUUGCAUUGCCGGCCUCCUAGCCUUGCUCCCUUCCUACUCGUGGUGUCUCUGCUCCCUUAGCCUCAGACCCCGCCACCCGGGUUCCCAGAGGGAAUUGCACUUCGGCAGAGUUGAAUGAAUGAAGAGAGACGCGGAGAACUCAUAAGGAGUAGAUCCGACAGGCUGGAUUCCCCACUGCCUUUCUAAAAAUCUUCGAAACUUUGUCCUUCAUUGAAUUACGACACUGUCCACCUUUAAUUUCCUCGAAAACGCCAGUAACUCGGCUGAAGCCAUGCCUUGUGUUCAGGCGCAGUAUGGGUCCUCGCCUCAAGGAGCCAGCCCCGCUUCUCAGAGCUACAGUUACCACUCUUCGGGAGAAUACAGCUCCGAUUUCUUAACUCCAGAGUUUGUCAAGUUUAGCAUGGACCUCACCAACACUGAAAUCACUGCCACCACUUCUCUCCCCAGCUUCAGUACCUUUAUGGACAACUACAGCACAGGCUACGACGUCAAGCCACCUUGCUUGUACCAAAUGCCCCUGUCCGGACAGCAGUCCUCCAUUAAGGUAGAAGACAUUCAGAUGCACAACUACCAGCAACACAGCCACCUGCCCCCCCAGUCCGAGGAGAUGAUGCCGCACUCCGGGUCGGUUUACUACAAGCCCUCUUCGCCCCCGACGCCCACCACCCCGGGCUUCCAGGUGCAGCACAGUCCCAUGUGGGACGACCCGGGGUCCCUCCACAACUUCCACCAGAACUACGUGGCCACCACGCACAUGAUCGAGCAGAGGAAAACGCCGGUCUCCCGCCUCUCCCUCUUCUCCUUUAAGCAGUCACCUCCAGGAACCCCGGUGUCCAGCUGCCAGAUGCGCUUCGACGGGCCCCUCCACGUCCCCAUGAACCCGGAGCCGGCGGGCAGCCACCACGUGGUGGACGGGCAGACCUUCGCUGUGCCCAAUCCUAUCCGCAAGCCUGCGUCCAUGGGCUUCCCCGGCUUGCAGAUCGGCCACGCGUCGCAGCUGCUCGACACGCAGGUGCCCUCGCCGCCGUCGCGGGGCUCCCCGUCCAAUGAAGGGCUGUGCGCCGUGUGCGGUGACAACGCCGCCUGCCAGCAUUAUGGCGUGCGCACCUGCGAGGGCUGCAAAGGCUUUUUUAAGCGCACAGUACAGAAAAACGCAAAAUACGUGUGUUUAGCAAAUAAAAACUGUCCAGUGGACAAGCGGCGCCGGAAUCGUUGUCAGUACUGCCGGUUUCAGAAGUGCCUGGCUGUUGGGAUGGUCAAAGAAGUGGUUCGCACCGACAGUUUAAAAGGCCGGAGAGGUCGUUUGCCCUCGAAACCGAAGAGCCCCCAGGAGCCCUCUCCCCCCUCGCCCCCGGUGAGUCUGAUCAGUGCCCUGGUGAGGGCCCAUGUCGACUCCAACCCGGCUAUGACCAGCCUGGACUAUUCCAGGUUCCAGGCGAACCCUGACUAUCAGAUGAGUGGAGAUGACACUCAGCAUAUCCAGCAGUUCUAUGAUCUCCUGACUGGCUCCAUGGAGAUCAUCAGGGGCUGGGCCGAGAAGAUCCCCGGCUUCGCAGACCUGCCCAAAGCCGACCAGGACCUGCUUUUUGAAUCGGCUUUCCUAGAACUGUUUGUCCUGAGAUUAGCUUACAGGUCCAACCCAGUGGAGGGUAAACUCAUCUUUUGCAAUGGGGUGGUCUUGCACAGGUUGCAAUGCGUGCGUGGCUUUGGGGAAUGGAUUGAUUCCAUUGUUGAAUUCUCCUCCAACUUGCAGAAUAUGAACAUCGACAUUUCUGCCUUCUCCUGCAUUGCUGCCCUGGCUAUGGUCACAGAGAGACACGGGCUCAAGGAACCCAAGAGAGUAGAAGAGUUGCAGAACAAGAUUGUAAAUUGCCUCAAAGACCACGUGACUUUCAAUAAUGGGGGGUUGAAUCGCCCCAACUAUUUGUCCAAACUGUUGGGGAAGCUCCCAGAACUGCGUACCCUUUGCACACAAGGGCUACAACGCAUUUUCUACCUGAAACUGGAAGACUUGGUACCACCACCAGCAAUAAUUGACAAACUUUUUCUGGACACUUUACCUUUCUAAGACCUCUUCCCUUGUACAUCAAAUGAACUGGAAAGAAACCUAAACUGUCCAGAGGGGGAAAGGCAUAUGGGCAGGGAUAGUACCCUGAACUGCCUCAGCUCUAGCUGCCCUCACCCCUUCUGCAAACCCUCCCAGCCCUUUGAUCCCUAAAGAAAAAAAACAAAAACAAAAACAAAAAAACUGUUGCUAUUUCCUAACCUGCAGGCAGAACCUGAAAGGGCAUUUUGGCUCCGGGGCAUCCUGGAUUUAGAACACGGACUACACACAAUACAGUGGUAUAAACUUUUUAUUAUUAGUUUAAAAUUCAGUUUAUUGUUCAGAAGAAAGAUUCCUAAUGUAUAGUGGGAAAUGUUUGGCCUUUCUUGGUUGUUUGAAUUAAGACAAAUGUAAUACACAUACACACAUAUAUUAAGGAGACCCACGAGUAUCGCCCUUUAAAAGACUUCAAAGUUUUCUGCUGUAAAGAAAGCUGUAAUAUAUAGUAAAACUAAAUGUUGCGUGGGUGGCAUGAGUUGAAGAAGGCAAAGGCUUGUAAAUUUACCCAAUGCAGUUUGGCUUUUUAAAUUAUUUUGUGCCUAUUUAUGAAUAAAUAUUAAAAAUUCUAAAA